AUGCUCAAAAGGUUAUUACUGCUAACAAUUAUUGCAUUUUGCGUAAAUAUGGUAUCCUCCAUUACGUGUUACAAAGGAUUCCAGUUGAUGCGUGGGCAAGAAUUAGGCUCGGAGACGGAAGAAUGUGAAGAUGAAUCAGCCUACUGCUACAAUAUGACCGCUGAAGCAGCAUUUGUAAUUAAAAUAAUGAAAGCUGGUUGCUCUACUUAUCGUUGCAUGCUUUCAGCGAACACAUGCAGAAGUAUUACUUUUCAAGGUGUACCUGUUAGUUUCUGUUGUUGCAAUGAAAAAGACCUCUGUAAUUAUUCUAAAGAAUAA